CAGACUGAAAUAUUCUAAGAUGUCCAACUCAAGCAUAAACACUUCAGAAGACAACUGCACUUACAGCUCAGUAGUAACUACUUAUGUCAUUCCACUGGCUUAUGGAUUCAUUUUCAUAGGAGGAAUCCUGCUAAAUGGUGUAGCAGCAUGGAUUUUUCUACAUGUUCCUAGCACGAAAAGCUUUGUCGUCUAUCUCAAGAACAUUGUUGUUGCCGACCUUCUUAUGAGCCUGACUCUCCCCUUCAAAAUUCUUAAUGAUUUAGAAAUUGGGCCUUGGCAGCUCAAUGUUUUAGUCUGCCGAUUUUCUGCUGUUAUUUUUUACCUAAGUAUGUACAUUGGAAUAACAUUUUUUGGCAUUAUAGGGUUUGACAGAUACUACAAAACUGUAAAGCCUCUGUUUACCUCCUUUGUUCACACAGUUAAUUACAGCAAGAUUACUUCUGUAGUCGUAUGGGCAUUGCUCAUGUUUUUAUCAUUUCCAAAUAUUAUUUUAACUAACCAAAGUCCUACAGAGAAGAAUUCUAAAAAGUGUGUAACUCUUAAAAGUGAGCUCGGUCUACAGUGGCAUAAGGCUUCAAACUAUAUUUGCCUAGGAAUUUUCUGGACUGUGUUUCUUCUGUUAAUCAUUUUUUACAGUGCAAUAGCAAGAAAAAUAUAUAAUUCCUACAGAAAGUUCAGGAGAAAUUCAGCAGUAACUAGGGAAAAAAUCAAUCGCAAUAUAUUCAGCAUCAUGUUUGUAUUUGUCAUUUGUUUUGUGCCAUAUCAUCUUUGCAGACUUCCAUACACAUUAAGUCAAACUGGAUCUCAGUUCUCCUGUCAGGCAAGCAAAAAUCUGUACUAUGCAAAAGAAUUUACUCUGUUACUGUCCGCUGCAAAUGUGUGCUUUGAUCCCAUUAUUUAUUUAUUUCUCUGCAAGCCCUUUAGAGAAAAGUUAUACCAAAAACUGCAUCUCAAGUUGACAACUUUAGGUGAAAUAGAAAACUCUAGAUCCAGAAGGUCAAACACUACAUGAAAGCGUCAUUAUUUCAGAAAUUCACAUAUCUCUUAUAAGAUGUAGUAUGGAAAAUUAUUCCAGAUUGCAAAGCGGUUAACAAAGGAACUGGAUAAAUGCAGACCAUGUGCAACAAUAAACAUGAGGUGUCAAUUUACAAAGCAUUUCAGCUAUUUGUUUUCCAUAUUAAAAAGCAUUACCACAUGCUGUACUAUGCACUACUUCCAGAUUACUUCAAACUGUAACUUCUUACAAUGGAAUAUAUUAGCUGUUUGAGGCCUAGGACAGACAAGAGAAUGACUGGAGUAGAAAGCUGUAUAUGCAGGCCUGGGUUCUAUGCGAGUGGCAAGGAUUAACCAGCAGAACUAUGCAACAGCUGCAGCCCGUUAGUCUCCAUAAGCCAACCUGGAGCACAUAAGAAGUACAACCUAGCAACAAGGGCUUGGGAGUGAUUGAAUAGCAAAGCUGGACAAAAAAAUGUUGGACAAAGCUUAUUCAAUGAAAAAUGCAGUUUCAGUUGCCUUCCAACUAUUCGCAAAUUUGACACAAAUGGUUUUGGGCAUUCACAAAAUGGCCAGAGAAGGAGGAGGAGAAGAAAGAUGAGGAGGUAGUGAUGCUGCUAGUGACACUAUC